UUGAAUAGGAUAGCAGAAUAAAAUUGCAUUAUAACAACUUUUAUUGAAGAAUAUAAAUUUUUUGAGUAUGCUAAUUUUUCGUUUUAUCUUGUCAUUAACUGUAAUAACAUGGGUAAAUGGAAGAACCCAUCCUAAGAAACAUCACAAAGGUGGCCAUCACCGUUAUUCCGAUGAAUGUCCAUGUGGUAUAUCCGAUUUCGUUGAAGAGCGUGUUAUCUAUGGAGAAGUAGUUAAAGAUUACAGAAAAUAUCCUUGGAUUGUCGGUGUAAUAUCUUCCCACGAUUGGGAAGAAUGGGGAUCUUGUGCUGGAGCUUUAAUCUCUCCAACUUUUGUCCUAACGGCAGCCCAUUGUUUUCCCAAACAAGGAACUUUAUCCUGCUGGAUGAUGCCCUACAUGUGCAGAGCAAUGAAGGAAAGAAAGGUACAAAUUGGAUUACUAGGAAGAAAUAAAUAUCAACCUCUAAUAAAAUUACCUGUCAAACGGAUCAUUGUUCAUCCUGAAUUUGAGUUAUAUACACCUCAUCACGACAUAGCCCUAGUAGAACUACAGAUUUCAAUUCCUUGUACACCAUACAGCAAGCCAAUUUGUGUCAUUCCACCUAAAAAUAUUGCUGGAGUUGGCCAGAAAAUGCACAUUGCUGGUUUUGGCAAAGUAGAUCUACCCCAAUUUGGCCAAGAUCUUCGUGAAGGUACUUCACGUAUUGCUAACGGUGAGGUUUGCCGGAAGCGUUUUGUCCAGUUUCUACCUUCAGAGGAACUCUGUGGAAUGCCACAUGGAAAUACAACGGUUUGCAUGGGUGAUUCUGGAUCUUCAUCAUUCAUUCAAUAUAAACAUAGGUUUUAUUCCGUGGGAGUGGUUUCAUAUGGCGAUAUGUUUUGUCCCACAACCAACGUCCCUGCUGUGUUUAUGAGAACCGAUAUGCACUUCGACUUUAUCAGAAAAUAUGUCAAAGACCUUCCAAGACAGCCUAAUACAUAGCCUAUAUGCUAUUGAGAUCAAUGGAAAAAAAAUCCUCACAAAUUGUUAUUUUUUUCUUUUGAGAAAAUA